UAAAUACGAAUAUGCAAAUUUUUGUUUGUUCAAAAAUCACUGAAAUUAAUAUUCAGUAAAGUCGUGUACAAAGGUUAUUUACAUAUAUGUGGGCAGUAAAUCAAAAUUUCUAAUGUCAACAAUUCUUUUAAAAAGUAAUAUAAAACCUCGAAGUCUUCGUAGCGUUUUUCCAUGGGUGUACGAUUGUUGCUCGCUAAAAAGAAAUAAAACGAACUACAUUCCUAAUAUUUUCAAAUUGGCCUGGAUUAAAAAUUUUUCGUCUAAUGCUGAUGAUACUGUUCAAAAGAAAACAAAUAUUCAACCAAAUUAUAGCGUUUUCCACAAAUACGAAAAAAUUAUGGAUGCGCCACCGGGAACGUUUUCUGGUAGUUCGGAUCGGUUUAAUGGUAUAACGGUUGAAUCCGAGGCUGAAUACGAAGCAGACGAUACAGAUUUUGAGUGCAAGCUAAAAAAAUCUCUGAUACAUUGGAAAGAUUGUAAACGUAGGUGUAUUUGGUUUAAAGUGAAGACUGAGCACGCCGACUGGAUUCCACGCUUAGUAAAGUUCGGAUUCGAUUACCACCACGCCAAACCGGGAUAUGCUAUGCUAUGCUAUUGGUUGCCAACGGAAGAAGAACCGAAUUUACCAAAAUAUGCUCAUACAAUGCUUGGUGUUGGUGGUGUACUCAUCAACGAUAAAAAUGAAAUUUUAGUUGUAAGGGAUCGUUAUGCUCAAAUACCAAAUAGUUGGAAACUACCUGGAGGCUUUGUUGAACCAAAAGAAAAACUUGUUGAUGCUACAAUACGCGAAGUACUCGAAGAAACUGGUAUUGAUUCAACAUUCAUAACAGUUAUUAGUUUUAGACAUACACAUAUUGGUAACUUUGACUGUUCCGAUAUUUAUGCAGUACUUGCUUUAAAACCCAAAAAUAUGGAUAUCCAUCUUGAAGAAAGAGAAAUCACAAAAGCUCAAUGGAUGCCUAUCGAAGAAUACUUAAAACAUCCAAAAGUUCAUGAAACAAAUCGGAAUUUUUUGAAAAUAUAUUUAGAGUACAAAAAGCGAAACCUUACAUUCGUAUGUGAGAAUGCUGUACAUCAGAUUUUAAAUGUUGACUAUGAACUAUAUUAUAUGAAAUUCCAUGACAAAGAAAGUAAUUUAUGAGUGUAUAUCGAUAUAGGCAAAUAAAAUUGUUUCUUCCUUUAGUAAAAUAUACAAUA